GCGGACCUCGGGCCGGCCUCCUUGGAUCAAGUUUUCACUGCCUCCCUCUCUGCGUUUGCAAUGAUCCUCUAACGGGAAUCUGGCGCGGUGGUUCCUAGGAAGGAAGGGGUUAUACACCUGCACGCGUUGCAUUUCAGUGUUCCAGCUACAAGCCAUUCCUCUUGCCCCGACGCCGGAGACACGCGUGCAGCGCUCCUCCGUGCAGGGCUGGGUUUUCACACGCCAGGCUGUACGAGACGUGGGGGUGGAGAAGUGACGGGCAUGUCGCACCACAAAACCGUUUCAGACACGAUUUCUGUGACAGUCGCCGCCCUCGCACGUGUCUGCCGAGCCUGUCGGCAGCGUGCCAAGCUCCUGCUGCGGCUGAAGCGCCAAGCUGGGAUGCCAAUGCUCUCCAAGCAGCUUCCCCAGCAGGCUCGGCUCCCCUUUCUCCCCAGGGAUCAUCCUGGUGAAGACCACCCUCAGCUGAGACAGUGGGAAAGAGGGAUCCGGGGCAGAGAUGUCAGAAGCCGCAGAGCAAAGCCUCCACGCUGCUGGCUAUAGGAGCUGUCUCCACGCACUGACAGGAGCCCCUGCUCAGGCACCACUGGGGCUCGGGAGCCAUCACGGACCUUCACCAAAAGGGCGGGCUCUCAGACUCUUCUUUGGCACUGCUUACGUGCAGAGAGAGCUUUCCGUAGCUGUUGGUUAUGGCUGCGAUUCAUCAAGCAGUGUCUAGAAGAGCUUCUUUUCUGGUCUGCAGGUUACAUUCUACCUAUGUUAGAAAAAUGAGAUACUUAAAUGAGCUAAAGGAAGAUGAUAGCCUUUGUAGACAAGCCCAGACCUCGGGAACUUUCUGCCUCUUUCACAAUCUCUCCCCCUUCCUGCAGAAAGUUGGGAAGAAGUACUUGGUACCACAGAUCAGUGCAGCAGAGAUGAAAAGGAUCCUGGAGAUAUUCAAAGAGACGGAACAGUGGAUAGAGAAGUCGGUGCUGAUCGGUUGUUCAGACGAGCACACACCACACUUUGCCUUGGAAUUAGGAGCCUUAGAGAAAUCGGUCAUUGAGUCUGAACUUAAGGGAUCAUUUACUGACUUACGGAAGGCUCUCUUCGUGGUGGAUGAGAAGGACUCUCCUUUGCUGGCUUCGGCCCAGGCCCUUCUCCGGUGGCACGCUUCCCACCAGUACUGCAGCAAAAGCGGGCAGCCCACUCAGAAAAACGUAGCUGGCAGCAAGCGUGUCUGCCAUGCCAGCGGAGUAAUUUACUAUCCACAGAUGUCUCCAGUGGUUGUGACCCUGGUGUCUGACGGGAGCCGGUGCCUCCUUGCACGACAGCCCUCGUUUCCCCAGGGGAUGUACAGUGCUUUGUCAGGCUUCUGUGACAUGGGUGAAAACGUGGAGGAGACUGUCCGUCGAGAGGUGGCAGAAGAGGUGGGCCUGGAGGUGGAGUCACUCCAAUACUCAGCUUCUCAGCAUUGGCCCUUUCCCAGCAGCUGCUUAAUGAUAGCUUGUCACGCAUUGGUGAGACCACAGCAGGCUGAGAUCAGUAUGAACAGCCUGGAACUAGAGGAAGCCCGUUGGUUUGGCCUGGAAGAAAUCGUGGAGUGUCUCAAGAGAGCGCCCGGAUCUUCAAAGCAAGACAACGGUAGCUUUUUACCCUGGUUCCCUCCCAAACAGGCCAUUGCUCACCAGCUGAUUUGUGAGUGGGUUAAGCAGCAGACUUCCCAGCCAGCUUAGGCAUGACGUUGAGCCUGCGAUUCUACCAGAACUACAAGAGCUUGAUACAAAAGCUCCCAAAGUUACUGAACGCGAAGUCUGUGUAACAGCGAGGACAGCACCAGACUGAUGGCAGUCUUACACUCAGACACAUAGAUUUACAUAGCCAUUUCUAAACUGAUCAUCCUCAGACAAUUCCAUGUAUGGUGGAUCACCUUUAAGAUCCCAAGACUUGCAGUAAAUGUACAGUAAAAUUCUUGGUUCCAAAGUUCAAACGUACUGUGACCAGCUGCUGCUGUUGCCCAGGAAGCAACAGAACCGUGAACCACUGGCAUUUAUAUCCCAUUUUCCUCCAUUUUAUCCAGCUUGGGUAGGUAUCAAACACUUUUUCCAGAAAAAAAAAAAUAAAGGGACAGUGGCACCUUACAGCAUUCAUGUCUAUAUGGAUCUAGAAGAACUAUCAAAAAACCAGAACAAAAGCCACUGCCUGUAUGCUUGCCCCUUCUUCUGUUUCCCUUCCCAUUCAAUCUUCCAGUUUCAUAUAAAACAUACUAUUUCUUCCGCAAAUGUUAAAUGGGUUUCUACUUUAUGGAUAUAUCAAGUAUCUCUAGAGGCAUUCUUCCCACCAGUAAGCAGUGUUACUUCCAAGGAAGAGAGAACAGAGCUAUCUGGUGGUAGAGAGUGGAAGAACAAAACCUACAUAUAAGCAUAUUAGAAGAACACACAUAAUGCAAAGGUGAGAGGAACUGCUGCAAGAAAGCUCCGCACUUCCAACGAGAAAAAACCUGAAAGGCACAACGCCCCUUACACUGUGCCGAAGUUUGUGGCUUGCCUAGACAGCUGGUCUCAUUUUACUGAUAAAAUAACACCACUUCUCUGGAGGGAGAGAGACAAAGAGACAGGCUGGGCAAGGAAAGCUUAGUGAAAGAGACAGAUUGAAGUAUGUUUGAUCUGCUGCUGAUGCAGGCCAACAGUCCUUUCUGCCUGUUUGAUAAGAGUUCAAAUGCCAAGAUUGCAAAGCCAUCAGUACAGAAACCUGAAGGGGGAACGGGAAUGUAUCACUGACCACCACCAUUAGGAUUCAUUGCAGGUGAAAGACCUUUUGAGCAAUGGUAAAAAUACUGUGUCAUGACACCUGAGCAGUAAGUAAAAAAGGUGACUUUCUCACA